AUGAAUAUUUCACCUACUCCCAGAAGAUAUGCAUCACGAACUGGUAAUAUUAGACCCAAUGCAUUUAAUGUUGAAGAUAAAUAUUAUUUCAGUGAUCCCUUGAGAAAAAAUAAUGGUUACGGUAAGAGUAAUAUAUAUGGUAAUAAUGUUAAUGUAAAGACAGAUUCAAAUGACGCAUUACUUCCUCCAGAAUAUAAACUAUCUGCACAAACGUUUAAUGAACUAAUAGAAUUGAAUAAACGAUUAACCAAUAUGUUGGAAGGAAAACAAAGAGAAAUCAAUGAAUUGAAAGCAGAGAAUAAUGAAUUUAGAUCAAAACUAUGGAAAUACACAGAGAUGGCCGAUAGAUAUAAAAAUGAAAUAGAUAGAAGAGAUUCAGAAGAAAGACAAAGAACAAGAUCUCAAAAUAUGAGUCAACCUACAGAUUAUAUUCAAAUAAAUAAAAAAAGAGAAAAGAAUACAAGUACACCAUAUAGACCUAUGAAUCGGUAUUCUAACGGUAAGGUCAAUGGUGGUAAUAAAGAAGAUGAUGACGAAGAUGAUGAUGAUGAUGACGAUGAUGCAGAAAGUAGGUUUCAAACAGCAAAAACAUCAAAGGAAGAUAUUCAACAAUCGCAAAAACUUGAAACGUUAAUUAAAAACGUGGAACAUAUAAGUAGAAUCCUAAGUGAUUCAUUUGAAGAAGGCCAAACACCUAAGACAAGACAAUCAUCUACUGUACAUCCAACAGAUACCGAUAUCUUAAUGACAGAAUCCUCUGAAUUACAAGUUUUGGAGGAUCAGAUACGUGUAUUACAAAAUAAAUUGAAUAUAAAACAGCAGAAUGAAAAGAGAAAGAUAUCAUUACAACAGCGACUUGGAGAACUUCAAAAUAUGUUAGAUUCCUCGAGCAAUGAAAAUAGUAGUAAGAAGCCAACUAGUAAUAUGAAGAAACAUAUUGAACAUACAGUCUAUGAGAGUGAUUCGGAUGAUUUUGAAACAAUUCCUGUCAAGACAAAGACAAGAAUAAAAAGAGUAGAUAGAUCAAAUAUCUUUGGAACACCUACUAGUGAGAUAUAA